UUCGCCAUGAAGCUUGAGGUUGAAGUGAUAUCCAAAGAGAUUGUCCAGCCAUCCUCUCCAACGCCGGACCGGCUUCGCCGCUACCAACUCUCUUUCCUUGAUCAACUGACUCCCUCAAUUUAUAACCCUUUGGUCCUGUUCUACCCAGAAAUAUGUGAUUCCCAAGCCAACAAAAUCAAGACUUCCGAUCAGCUUAAACAGUCCAUUUCCAAGGCCCUAACCUAUUUCUACCCGCUAGCCGGACGCAUGAUAGACAACUUGUCUGUUGAUUGCAACGAUGAGGGCAUACCUUUUUUGGCAGCCAGAGUCAAGUGCCAACUUUUAGAUGUCAUAAAAAAUCCUGUCCCCUGUGAACUUAACAAAUUACUUCCACUUGAAGUACAUGAUCCCGAAGAAUUUCUUCUAGGAAUCCAAUUCAACAUCUUUGACUGUGGAGGAAUAGGUGUUGGUGUGUGCAUUUCUCACAAAGUCGGAGAUGCCCUGUCAUUUUUCACGUUUGUGAAUAUGUGGGCUGCCAUUGCUCGUGGGGAGAGCAAAGUGAUGGCCCCAGAAUUUGGUUCAGCCUCGCUUUUCCCACCACGGAGCCUUUCAGGGUAUAGCCCAAGCAUUCCCCCACCGAAAGAAACAAUCAUAACAAAAAGGUUUGUGUUUACUGCCUCUAAAAUAGAGGAAAUCAGAGGAAAAUAUGCCGAUUAUUCCAGCUUAGAAACCCAAACACGCCCAACUCGCAUUGAGGCCUUAUCAGCUUUCAUUUGGAGCCGUUUUGCUGCUGCCACUGACUUAAGAUCAAGGCCUGAUACGCUUUGCGUAAUUUUUCACUUGGUAAACUUACGUACAAGAAUAGACCCGCCUCUGCCAGAGUAUUCUGUUGGCAAUCUUUAUAGCUUUACAACGACAGUUCCAUCCACGGACAGUACUGGAGAAAGCUGUCAUAAUCUCGUUACCCAGAUGAGAGACUCCAUCAAAAAAAUCAACAAAGAAUUCGUGAGGAAGCUCCAAGGUGGAUAUGAUCACUUGGACCAUAUCAAAGAGAUGGCUGAAAGGUAUAGCAAAGAGGAGAUGGUUUCCUUUACUUUCACUAGCUUAUGCAGGUUUCCUCUAUACGAAGCUGAUUUUGGUUGGGGCAAACCCAUUUGGGUAGGUUCCACUGCUCGAGAUUUCAAGAACGUAGUUACUUUCAUGGAUACCGUAUCUGAGAAUGGAAUAGAGGCUUGGGUUAGCCUAAGGGAGGAAGAUAUGUCAAAAUUUGAUUCUGACGAGGAAUUGCUUGCAUAUAUUGCUCCAAAAAACCUGCAAAGAAUAUAACUUCCCCGUGUGUCCGAGCUUAAAAGGCAUGAAGUUCUUUGCGUUUGCUAACACUUUGGUUUCAAUUAACGUUUGCCUGUAAGUUUUUGAUGUCCAAUUUGAUUGUUUUUUUUUUUUGCUCAUUUCUGGGUUUGAAAAAGUUUGAAAGUGGAUGGAGUUUAUUAAUAAGACGCAGAGACUCCAUUGCUGUCUUUCGGUGCUUAAUGUUUUUGUUUCUCAGUUUGAGGUUAAUAUGAAAGAUUUGAUGCAAUGUUAUCGUUUCUGAUAAGAACGAAAUGUUGUGGGUUUAUGAUUUCAAUAAAAAAUGUG